AAAACUUUUGUUCCUGAUUACGCCAGAAACCCACCACACACACAGUGUGAUUAGUGUGCAGACACGACAAGUCCUUUGUGAUAAACAGGUUAAGCAUUUUUAAGAUAAUCACAGUUUUCAUAUCCCUUCACUUCACUUCUUUUCUCUCUUGCUAAUUUUGGAGACAUUUUCUGUGUCCUGCGUAAACCAAAUGGUGAAGGAAAUGAGGUUGGAUUUGAACCCAUUGCCACACUAUAGAAACAAUCACAAUCAUGUCAUCAAGUUUGUCGUCUCGUUUGUGCUAUUAGGCCUUGCUUUUCGUUUCCUUGUUUCUGAUUCCGUAGGAUUUUCAUCCGUGGUUGAGACUCAAGGGACUCAGACACCUGUAGAAGAGAGUAACACAGAGUCUCCUGAGACGUCUUUGCCUGCUCAACAACCAGAUUCUGCUGAUUAUCAUCCAAAUAAUGAAACUCAAUUAUCGAAUAAUACAAAAUGUGAUCUUUUUAUCGGAGACUGGGUACCGGACCCAUCUGGUCCAUUUUACAGUAACGUCACCUGCCGUGCAAUUGAAAGUCAUCAGAAUUGUAUGACGAAUGGGAGACCUGAUACUGGCUACCUUCACUGGAGGUGGAAUCCACGAGAUUGUGAAUUACCCAAGUUCAAUCCUGAGAAAUUUCUUGAUUUAAUGAGGAAUAAAUCUUGGGCCUUCAUUGGUGAUUCCAUUUCUCGUAACCAUGUGCAGUCAUUGUUUUGCAUUCUUACUCAGGUGGAGCAAGCUGACGAGGUUUACCAUGAUGAGGAAUAUAAAUCUAAAAGAUGGUACUUUCCUUCGCACAACUUCACCCUUUCAGUAAUUUGGACGCCAUUUCUGUUGAGAGCUGAUAUUUUUGAAGACAGCAAUGGAGUUUCCUCGUCGGAAAUCCAGCUCCAUCUUGAUCAACUUGACAAAAAAUGGACGGAACAAUACAAAAACUUCGAUUACAUGAUGACUUCUGGUGGGAAAUGGUUUCUCAAAACUGCUAUAUACUAUGAAAACAACACUGUACAAGGCUGCAAUAACUGCCCUGGAAAAAAUUUAACGCAGUUAGGAUCCAACCAUGCAUAUCGUAAAGCCCUCCAGCUAGUUCUCAGUUUUCUCACAAGAUCUGAUCACAAGGCGUAUGUUUUCUUUAGAACCACAACGCCCGACCAUUUUGAGAAUGGAGAAUGGUUCAGUGGAGGGACUUGUAAUAGAACCCUGCCCUUCAAAGAAAGUGAGGUGGAUAUGAGAGAUGUUGACAGUGUAAUGCGAAAUAUUGAGUUGGAGGAAGUUGAGAAAGCUGCAAGCAUAGGAGCUGGAAAUGGGAUGGUUUUUAAGUUAUUGGAUACAACUCGGCUUUCAUUAUUAAGACCUGAUGGGCACCCGGGGCCAUUUAGACAAUUUCAGCCAUGCAAGGAUAAGAAUGCCAAAGUUCAGAAUGACUGUCUGCAUUGGUGCUUGCCUGGCCCAAUUGACUCUUGGAAUGAUUUAGUAAUGGAGAUGAUGGUGAAUGAUGGAAUCUACAGAUGAUCAAUGUCAGGCUUAUUAGAAGUUUAAUUGCAGAUGCUUAAUUUCAUUUACCUCUGUUGGUGACCCACUUUGCUUGAUUCUGGAUUCCUGGUCAACUUUCAUACAAA